UUGAAUGAAAAAAAUUACGCCCUCAAACAUAAAACCAUCAACAAAACCAAAAAAAAAGAUUGUUUCAAUAUCAAUCCAUCAAGUUCAGCUAAUUUUUCUCUUGAAAUUUUUUUAAAUUUUACUUUUCCAUUAAUUUUUCUUGUUCACAUCUUUAUCAAAAUUCUUCAUUUUUUUUCAUUAUUUAUAUGCUAUAAUGCAAGCAAUCAAAUGUGUAGUUGUUGGUGAUGGUGCUGUUGGUAAAACAUGUUUACUAAUCAGUUAUACAACAAAUGCAUUUCCCGGUGAAUAUAUUCCAACAGUUUUCGAUAAUUAUUCGGCAAACAUAUUAGUGGAUGGAAAACCAAUUAAUCUUGGUCUUUGGGAUACGGCCGGACAAGAAGAUUAUGAUCGUUUACGACCAUUAUCAUAUCCACAAACAGAUGUAUUUUUAAUCUGUUUUUCAUUGGUCAAUACGGCUUCAUUUGAAAAUGUACGUGCAAAAUGGUACCCAGAAAUAAGUCAUCAUUGUCCUAAUACACCAAUAAUAUUGGUCGGUACUAAAUCUGAUCUGCGUGAUGAUCCUGUACAGAUUGAAAAACUUAGAGAACGUAAACAGGCACCAAUUUCAUAUGCACAAGGUUUAGCAUUAUCAAAAGAAAUUGCUGCCGUUAAAUAUCAAGAAUGUUCAGCAUUAACGCAACGUGGACUUAAAACAGUGUUUGAUGAAGCUAUUCGUGCCGUUCUUUGUCCACGACCUAAACAUAAAUCACGAAAAGGAUGUAUAAUUCUAUAGAAGAAUUAAGUAUAUAAUAAUUAUGAUGACAAUUUUUUCCGUGAUCAUCUUGAACAUCUUGGAUAAUAA